CGAGCUCCGGCCACCACCACCGCCUCCGCCCCCCGCCUCCCCCGGACGACGGAGCCGCCGUCCCGCCUCCGUCCGCCCCCGUUUCCCGGCGUGCUCGACUCCUUCGAGCCUCGCGGCGGUUUUGGACCGGCGGAAACGAGGGCUUUUCUUCGCCGCGCGCGCCCCCCCGAAGUGACGGUUGACGGCGGCGAAGGCUCCUCGUCCGACGGGGAGCGGCCCCGGUCGGACACCGGCGCGGUCCGCCCGCCCUUCUGCUUUCCCCCGUUUCUUCUAGUCUCCGAUCGGGUUGCCCGCUGUCAGUGAAUUGCGGGGUUGGUUUGUCGUCCACUCCGGCGGAAGCGCGGAGAACGGCUCCGGGGAUUCGGAGUAUUGUCGUUGGGAAGUCUGGUGCUGAGGCUAUUUGAGUCAAUGCCCGUCACUAAGAAGAAUUCAGAAUGUAGCCAGAUCGGGCAAGUGUUUGGCAAGUUGAUGAAGCAGAUGGGGACUCCUAAGGACUUUGAACUUCCAGAAUGGUUCACUAAGGAGAAGCCCGCACCAUACAGUUUUAUAAGGCGCAACAUAUAUCUCACAAAGAAGAUGAAGAGGCGUCUUGACGAUGAUGGCAUAUUUUGCUCUUGCAGCCCAUCUCCUGGUUCUUCCGUUGUGUGCAAUAAAGAUUGCCAUUGUGGGAUGCUGCUCUCUAGCUGCUCCUCAGGAUGCAAAUGUGGAAGCUCGUGCAUUAAUAAACCUUUUCAAAAUCGGCCGAUGAAGAAAAUGAAACUUGUGCAGACCGAAAAAUGCGGUUCUGGAAUAGUAGCAGAUGAAGAUAUCAAGCAGGGGGAGUUUGUCAUUGAAUAUGUUGGAGAAGUCAUUGAUGACAAAACUUGUGAAGAAAGGCUUUGGAAUAUGAAACAUCGGGGUGAAACAAAUUUCUACCUGUGUGAAAUAAAUCGAGACAUGGUAAUUGAUGCGACAUACAAGGGAAACAAGUCGAGAUAUAUCAACCAUAGUUGUUGUCCCAAUACUGAGAUGCAGAAAUGGAUAAUCGAUGGUGAAACGAGAAUUGGUAUUUUUGCGACUCGCGACAUCAAAAAGGGCGAGCAUCUUACCUACGAUUAUCAGUUUGUCCAGUUUGGUGCAGAUCAAGAUUGUCACUGUGGCGCUGUAGGUUGUAGGAGAAAGCUUGGUGUCAAGCCUAGCAAGCCUAAGAUGUGUUCAGAAGCAGCGUUGAAGUUAGUGGCAUGCCAGGUUGCAGUUUCUCCCAAAUUGGAGGGAGUCUUACCCAGAAAUGAUGUUUGCCAGAAUGGAGGUCUGCAUGCAGGAAAUUCAAGGUACAUUCGCUGUCAACGAUCUCCUCACAACUGCGUAGGGGAAGUCAUCAGAAUUACUCGUCCAAUGAAUGAGAGGACUUUUGGGAUUAUCAGACGCUUUGAUAACUUUUCCAGGAAACAUUCUAUAAUGUUUGAAGAUGGUGCUGUCGAAUUUCUUGAUAUGUCAAAAGAAGAUUGGGAAUUUGUGACUUUGUAACCAUAUGUAUCGGUCGUGGACUAUUCGAGAUCGACGAUGCUCAAAACCAACUCCCCAUGCUACCUGCAAUGAAGAGUGUGCAUAAGCAGUUCUGGCAGGAUGCAUGAGAAUAUCGUGCCGACCUCACCCAAUGCAUAUGCGUCCGAGAUGAAAAUCCCAUUCUCUCUCUCUCUCAAGAAUGUUGUUGUACCAGUUGUGUAACAAGUAAAAUUACUUUGGUUACCAUUGUUAAAGUUCGAUUCCAGCAAACUUUAGGUCUCUAAUUUGAUUGACGAUCCGGGGAGCACCCCGGUCUGUGACAUUAGGUGAGAUAGCAAUAAUUGGAUUAGAAAGCCGUUUUCCUUUCUGUGAUGCAUCUGCAAUUUUUUGGCUCUGUACAGGCUGAACUUUUUCAA